AUGAAGGAUAAAAAAGUAUCUAAUUUUGAGUCAAUUGAUGAAGUUGAGUUUACCUUAACUUCAGAUGUUUGGACUAGGGAAAAUUUGUUUAAAGUUACAAAAUUAUUUCAACAAACUGGAAACGAAGAAUGUGCUGUAAAUAUUUUAGAAAAAUUACUUAAAAUUAAUAUUUCUGAAGUCCCAAGCCUUGUUGAAAAACACCAAAUGACAAUUGUUUUUUUUAUCAAUCAAUGCCCUUCUGAAAUAUUACGUAUGCUUAUUAACAAAUAUUUUCUUCCACAAUUAACUGAUGACAAUUUAACUCUUUUAUUAACUACUGGAAGAGCUAUACCUGUAGCUUUAACUAGAAGAUUAUAUAAAUCUCCUAUUGUUGAGACUAUUGCUAGUAUUGUGAUACAUUUUAUUAAAUGUCCAGAGGUUAUCACAGAAUUGGAACAUAAAUUAAAAGAGGAAGAUUCUCAAAGAAGAUUUGAAAUUCAUUCAGUAACUAAGGCUGUCUUACUUGAGAGUAAUGAAAACAAUUUUCAUUUUAUUGAAAAUCUUGUGGAUAAAUUAAUUAAAGAAUUGGAUGGAGAUGAUAUUUUAAGUUCAUUGGCAGCACUUACAAUUCUUACUGAGAUUACUUCUGAGAGAGAGACAGCUGCUGUCUACCUGGGUCAAAAAGGGUUAAUUGAUAAGAUUUAUAAAUGCCUCAUUCAAAUGGAAAAUGACAAAGAUAAUUCAUUUUUGUAUUUUGGAUAUAUUAAAUUCUUUGGUCAUCUUGUUUCUGUUAACUCAGAUUAUUUAAAAAAAUAUCCUGUUUUUGUAAGAUUAAUACUCAAGAUGUUUCAAGAUUUUGAUAAAUUAGGAAAUGAUCAAAAGAUUUUAACAAUAUCAACAUUUGGAGCAAUUUUUCAUUCAUCCCAAUCAAAAAAACUUUUGUUUGAAAUUGAUGAAAUUAAAAAUAAUUUACCAGAUAUAAUGCCAAUUUAUACAAAUUUUUUGAUAUAUGGUAAUAUGGAAACUAAAAUUCAUGUUUUAGAUUCAUUAGUUAUGAUCUUUCAAAACUUUUUUUUGAAGGAUACUUUUAUCUUUGAAGAAUUACUAGAUUUGUGUGGUCCAAGUUUCACAACUACAUUACUAGAUAUUCUUAAAUCACCCUUUGAAUCAAAAUUGGCAGCUCUUCACUUUUUACAAAUUAUUACUGAAGUAGUAUAUGGAUUUAAAAAAAUUUAUUUUACCCCAACUUUUAUGGAAUAUCUUUUAGAUAAAAAAACAGAAACAAACUUAAUUGGAAUGCAAACAAAAAAUAAUAUUAUAUGUAAUAUUAUUGAAAAGUACAAUGAUAUAGUAGGUGAAGAAAACAUAAAAAAACUCAAGGAUUCCAUUAAAUAUGGUAGUUCGUAUAUUGAAAAAACACCUGAUGUUGCUGUAAUGGAAUAA